AUCAACCACAGAUAUGAAUCGAUAUAUUUAUUUGUAUCAUUUUAUCAUCCCUAUUGUUUUUCAAACACAAUUUUAUAAAAAAAACUUUUCAGAACAAAUGCAACAAUGGCAGACAGGCUGACGCAGCUGCAGGAUACCGUGAACCAACAAGCCGAGCAUUUCUGCAACGCCAUAGGUAUAAUACAACAGACUUCUUAUCCCAGUAAAUUUGCAAAUUUCGACCGCACCGGAUCACAAACGCCCAAUCCAAGUCAACCCCAGGAGGACUAUGCUCAGCUAUUCGCACAGCUAAUUGCACGAUGCGCCAAGGAUAUUGACACAUUGAUUGAGUCGUUGCCAAACGAAGACAGCUCGAUUGAACUCCAAAACUCGAGUCUCAAACGGCUAGAAAUGGAAAAUCAAGAGACCGCACUGGACCUAGAGGAAGUUGUUCAGAAAGGAGAGCUUUUGCUUGAAAAAAUUCAGUCUGCACUAGAAAACAUAGCUCAAGCCCAGUUGGAUAUGCAAAUAACACUAAAGGCCAGUUUGCAAUGAAAAUGAAUUAAAAAGUGAUACAAAAUA